AUGGCGUCCCCUCAGCAACUCCUGGCGAAACCGGGGCUGGAGGCUUGCCGCAUCUCUGAGCCCAGCGAAGUGCAGAUCUCGGCCAUCCCCGUCCUCCUCUCCGGUCGCAAUGCGGCCAUCCAGAGCUACACUGGGAGCGGGAAGACUCUGGCCUACCUGCUCCCCAUCUUGACCCUGAUCUCGCGGCGGCAGGCCGAGGGUUCACGGGCGCCUGGCUCCCGGGCGCGGGGAAGCAAGGCUACCGACGGCCCCGCUGCCAUCGUGGUCGCGCCCUCGCACGAGCUCGCCAUGCAGAUCGUGCGCGUCGCGCAGUCCUUCUUCGACCCCGACCAGCGGCGCCGGGUGCAGCAGUGCAUAGGCGGCGCCAGCACGUGGCGGCAGCAGGAAGCGCUGAAGGAGCACCGUCCCUGGCUCGUGGUGGGCACGCCGGGCCGCCUGGCGGAGCUCUCGCGCGCGGGCGCCCUCCAGACACAUCACACGGGCAUCCUGGUGCUGGACGAGGCCGACCAGCUGCUGGCCCCCCAGUUCAGCCAGGACGUGGGCCGCCUGGCGGACCACGUGGGCCGGGGCCUGGCCGCUGGGCGGCAGACGGUGCUGGUGUCGGCGACGCUCAACCCCACCAACCUGGCCCUGGCGGCCACCUGGUGCCGCGACCCGGUGCCCCUGCUCACGGGCCAAGGCCGGACCCAGGUGCCGGAGGAUGACGUGAUCGGCGAAUCAUCCUCAGACGUCGGGCACCGCGAGGCCACAGCCUCCCCGGCGCCCGGCUGGGGCUGGGGGCGGCGCGCCGCGGCCGCCAGCCCGGGCAGCAGCGCGGGCGGCGUGGGCACGGGCCUGGGCGCGCCUGCGCCCGUGCUGCCGCCGGGGCUGGUGCACCUCGUGGCGGGCACCGCGCCGCACCACGCGGCCGACACGCUGCGCCGCGGCAUCCACGCGCUGGACGCGCAGCGCGCGCUGGUCUUCAUGAACUUCCAGGACCGGCUGCGCGACGUGCAGGGCAAGCUGGAGGCGCGCGGCAUGCCCGCCGCCUCGCUGCACGGCGAGCUGAGCAAGCAGGAGCGCCAGGCCACGCUGGCCGCCUUCACCGCGGGGCGCUUCCGCGCGCUGCUGGUGUCCGAUGUCGCGGCGCGCGGCCUGGACAUCCCGGACUGCGACGCGGUCUUCAACCUGGAGCUGCCCACCGACGCCAGCCACUACGCGCACCGCGCGGGGCGCACCGCGCGAGCCGGGCGCUCGGGCGUGGUGGUGUCUCUCGUGUCUGGAGGCCAAUCCUACGUGGUCCAGCGCUUUGGCAAGCGGCUGGGUGUGGACAUCCAGCCAGUGGAGUUCCGGCACGGGGUGGUGGAGCGGGUGAGGGAGGACCAGCUUGCACCACCCAGGAAGGCCGCCGGUGGGGGUCCCAAGGCCGAGGGAACAGGACAGGCGGCGCCCCUCGCGCUCAAGGCCACCAGGAAGACAGCGAAGAAGGGGUACCGAUCGCACUAG